UUGAUGUUUCUGCCAUUCAGUCUAUCGUUUUCUGUUUCCUUUCCCCCAUAAACUGCAAAUCCCACUCCAGUGCUGCUAAGGCCAUGUCCACCUCCAGAGAUAACCGGGAGGAGCCGCUGCCCUUGUGGAGCCGCCUGCUGGACCACAAUGCGGAUGGGCAGCACCGCAAGAAAGGCAGCGGCCAGUCGGACCACUACGAGGUGGAGAUAGCCAACCGACUCUGGUCGCUGUGGGGGACACUUCGAGCGGUGGAACCGAGAGCGCCCCAACUGCAGGCCGAGCAAGUCUCGGUAUCGGGACGGAGCUCCGACCUGCAGGCCGUGCAUCCCACGGUACCGGGACGGAUACUGGCCUGCUGCGUGAUAGCCUGCUGUGCUGGUAGCUUUCUGGAUCUGGACUCCUGGGAUGCAAGGCUGCUGGACAGUAUCAUGGAGUGCGGGCAGGAGUACUACGAUGCCAGCUUGGUUCUUCGCCAGCGCAGGGAUCCAACGGGCGACUUGGCGCUGGAGACCCUGCACACGUCCUGUUGCCUGGAGGCCCAGCAAUUUUGGGUGGACACUGAGAAACUGGUCUGCGGCAAGCUUUACAGCAGGACCAAGAGCCUAGGCUGGGCACUGAGUUUAUUCUUUGGCCAACAGUUCCAGACGGGCAUCCUGCAGGUGAAAGACCAGGCACUGGCCUUCGGCUUUAUACCGGAAUUCUCCGCCGGCGGGGCGUUCUUCAUGUUCCAUUGCCAGGCCAGUGGCAAGCCGCUCUUCAAAGACUCGGAGAGGGCACCGUAUGUCCUGCGAAUGCGCCAGUUGCAGCAACUACUCUACUGCAUCCUCAUAACUCUAGACGAGCGCCAGCGCAAGGUUCCCUUCCGGAUCUACAAGGUCGCCUGUGUGCCAAAGACUUGACGUCGAUGGGGGAUUACAAAAUUUUCCAAAUACAUAGUUUUCGGUCUAUUCACUCUAUUCACUGCAAUGGAAGAAUUCUAGAAAAUUAUGAAACAACCGUCACACUACUAUACGUAAUAUUUUAUUCUGGAAACUUCUGUUUUUUUUCAAAAUACAAGUCAUAAUACUCUAAUA